AUGGCAUAAUUUCAUAAUUAAAUAGAUGAUACUCUGUCUUAGCAAUAUUUUUAAGAGUAAACUUAGUCAAAUAUGUCACUUGGACUUAUUAUCAAUUAUAUUUUUGCAGAUAUAGCCAAAAGACCUAGGUCUUUCAAAAUAGGAUUAUUUACAACAUAUAUAGUCAUCACCUUCUUGGGGCUGCUUUAAUGUGUAGUUUAAUUGAGUCCACUCAUUUUUCUUUAAUUAAAUGAGUCAACUACUGGCGAUACAGAUCUUUUAUACUUACCUAUGGCUGCUGAAAACACUAGCAACUACAGAUUAAUUAAUAUGACAGAUCUACAUUAAGUAUCAAUUUUUACUAUUUUAGCACACAACUUAAGUCUCAGAAUUUCUAGAUAUAUCUCCAAGAUGGAUGUUUAUGUGUAAUUUAGGAAAAGUAGGAGUUGAAUAAAAAUUUAGAGCAUAUUUUUUGAUUCUCGAUUCCUAACUUGAAUAAAGUAUUGGAAUAGGAAGGCGAUUAGAUAUUGACAUAAUAAAUAACAAUUAAGUUUAUGUAUCUGAAACAGGUUUAAGAGGAUUAAAUGCAAGUAAGGGUGAUUAGAUUUACUUGAAUAUUAAUAUCUUAUAAUUACUAAAAAAUUUUGGGAUUGAAAGUGAAAGCAAUGAAUUUACUCAAUAAUUAAGACAACCUUUUAAAAAUGCCAUAAAUUAAUAAUUAGUAACAUAUUUUAAGGAAGAUAAUUUUCAGGAUAAGGAAUAUAAUAUAACAGAACUUGCAAUAUACUCUUAAUCUUAUUUGAAUUAUGUAAAAAGAAUUGAAUCAACAAGUUUAACUAAAACUAUAGCUUAAGAGUAUUUUAAAUAGAAUGUUCGUUAGUUAGAUAAUUAUACAGAGGAAUAAAAGGAAUUUGCAUAUUAAGUAAUUGACAUAAUGUUUCAAAGAAAUAUGACAAGAGAUGCUUAUGCAAUUAAUAAAUUUUUAAUUAGAGUUUCUAAGUUUUCAUCUUUUAUUACAAUAUCAUAAUUUGAAGAUGGAUUAUUUGAUUUGCUUAUACAAAUUAAUGAAUUCAAUAUUAAUGCUAAAGUUCAUGGAGGUGUUGAAUCUCCUAAGGGAAAAUGGACAGAUGCAUUAGGUAUGAUGGUUUUCAUGGAUUAUAAAAAUGCAACAGAAAUAUUUUUAGAAUCUUUUUUUAAUAAAUUUGAUCAAGUGAUAACAGAUAAUAAAUAGAAUAAUGAAGGAAUGCCUGGAGCUAUAUCUGAAUUAAUUCCUGUUAAUGACACUUAAAGUUGGGCCAAAAAUGCAACAAUAAAUUUUAAAUUGUAGGAAUAUUCAUUAAUGGCUAAUCUAUUAUUUAAGAAUAGAGGAGAAAAAUAUGAAACUCCAAGAAUAGCUAAAGAUGCCAUUAUUAAAACAACAAAUGAAUUUUUUACUGGAGCAGGAUAUAAUUAUCCAGUUUAAAUUACAGCACCUUUAGGAUUUACAAUUGGAUUAUAUCAUUUAAUGAAGAAUUUUAUAGAAAAUUUAUUGGGAGUUGCAACUAUGAUUCUAUUAAUGUUGUCAAUAUUAUUAAUUUAUUCUUUAAUGAUAGGAGAUAUAGAAGAGAAAACUUAUGAGUUUGGUAUGCUUAGAGCAUUAGGAUUUAAGAAAUCAUGGUUAAUCGUAUUGUUGAUGUUAUAGGCAUUAACAUUUGCAAGUUAGUAUAAUUAUUAUAAUAUUUUAUUAUAGUUCCUGGAUUGUUUUUGGGUUUGGUAACUUGUUAUUUAAUUAAUUCCUUAAUAAGUAUGUAUAUUUUUGAUAUGUCACUUUUACUUACAACAUAUUCCAUUCCAUCUUCAGCUUUGGCAUUUUAAAUAAGUUUAGGAAUAACUAUGCCAAUAAUUAGUAACAUUUUGCCAAUUAAGAAGGCAUUAUCAAAAGCUCUUAGAGAUAGUUUAGAUCUAUUUCACAGAGUGGUGAAUGAUAUUUUAGUUACUGUAGUAAAACUUGAGAUGAUGGGGAUAUCUACUAAUUAAACAGUAUGUUCAAUAAUAUUGAUAAGUAUGGGUUUUAUUAGUUAUUAUGUAAUCCCCAUGAAUAUAAUAUUUUAAAAUAUAAGAGGUGCUAUUAUAGUAAUCAAUUUGAUAUUUAUAACAAUGGUUGUAGGAGUGACUGUAUUAAUGAAUUUGAGUGAACAAUGGUUGGAAAGAUAAAUAUUGAAGAUUAUAUUAUUUAUUAAAUAGUCAGAUAAGAAUUUAUAGAUGAUAAUUUUAAAUAAUCUUAAUGGACAUGGAAAUAGAAAUUUUAAGACUACAUUAAUGUAUUCAUUAGGAUUGGCAUUUAUUAUAUUUACAGGAGCUUAAUUCACUUUAUAAGCAGAAUUUAUGAAUGAUUUCAUUAAAACAAGUCUAACUUCAGAUAUAAUAGUUUUUGAUGCUUCUAUUUAGAGAUUAGGAUUAGAUGAAUAUAAAUUUAGACAACAUUUAGAAUGGGAGAAAGUUAAUGAUCCAACUUUUAUAUAAGAUUAUACAUUUAGUGCAGUAAAUUUAAAUGAGAUUCCUGGUAUACCUAGAUUUUUUUAAAUUUCUCCUUUAGCUCAUUUUCCAAGAAGAAGAAUACGUUUAUAAGCUGUCGAAGAAAAUUACUUGUAGGUUAUCAAUUAUCAAUAUUAUUAUCCAACAGAAUAUGAUACUAAAUAAACAUCUAUUGAAUAUUUACCUAAUGGUGUAAGAGAUGGUGUUAAAGACAUAUAUAAUAAUGAAGGUAAAUUAGAUAUUGCAAAAACUUCUGAUGUUUAUGGAAUUGCAACCAAUAAUCAUGCAUAAAAUAAUUAUAAGGCAAUGUUAAAUAUGAUUAAUAAUAUUACAAAUUAAACUGAAGAAGUUGAUAAAGAAAUUAAUGUAAUAAUACCUGAAGGAUAUAGAUAUGAGGAUGGUGUAGAUGUUGAUACACCUGCUUUAUUAAGAAUAUAUUUUAGAGAUAGAGGUAGAGCUAUAGAAAGAAGAUUAAAAAUUAAACAUAUGGCUAUUAAAAUACCUAAUAAUGCUUUUAGUGGUUACAGAACAGUUGCAUUAUUUGGAGAAGGAUUAAUUACUAUGAAGGAUGCUUAAAUGUUAAUUAAUGAAAUACUUAAUAGUAGAAUAGAAGAAAAUAAAUUUAACAAUUAAAGGGCUCAUUAAUAUUUUUAAAAAUUGCCCAAAAAUCUUACUUAUGGGCUACCAAAAGAUAGUCUAUUAAUUAAAUUUAAAAGAGUCACAACAAAAGAAGAACGAAUAGAUUUUAGUAAUAGAUUAAGAAAUUAUUUUACUAAUGAUUAAAUCUAUUUAUUUGAUUCCAUUACUAUGACAGAGACUUCAAAAGAUUUCUUUAAAUAUCUAGAAUUGUUUAACAUAGUUGUAGCAGCCAUAGCUCUUAUACUUUCAUUCUUUUUAUUAUUAGUGUCCUUUAUUGGAAAUGUUAGAAAUACUUCAUGGGAGAUUGGAAUUCUAAGAGCAGUUGGAUUAAAUGAGGUAAUAUUUUAUAAAGUAUUUAUAGAAUUAAAUCUCAAAAGUUUUUGUUUAUGAAUCAAUAACUCUGAUUAUAUCAUCUGGAUUAAUAGGAACUAUUAUUGGAUUAGUAAUAGCAACUACAUUUACACUUUAAAUAGUUGCAUUUUCAGAGUUUAAAUUCAAAUUUGCAUUUCCUACUUUAACUUUUUUAACCACUUUUCUAGGAGGAAUCUUUAUUUCAAUUUAUGCAAGCUAUUUAGCAGUUAGAAGUUUCAAAUUCAAAUCAAUAGCUUCAAUUUUAAAAGGACAAUCAUGA